AUGUCGUUAGAAAAUAGCAAUGUUAAAGCCGUUAGACGACCGGUGAAGGUCGCCAACUGCUCUGGAUACCAUGGCGACCCUGCAUAUGAGAUGUAUCGUCAAGCUACGCUUGGAGAUGUCGAUUUCAUCACGGGCGAUUAUCUUGCAGAAGUCAACAUGGCCAAUAAUGCCCAAGCUUACCAGAAGGGAGAACAUCCGGGUUAUGAGGAAACGGCCUGGGAAGGGAUCAAGCAGACCAUCGAGGUGAUCUCAACCAAGAGGAUCAAGGUUAUAAUCAACGGAGGUGCUCUGAAUCCAAAAGGCCUAGCAUUAAAAGUAAAAGAGUUGGUACGGGCAAAGGGCUUUGAUCUCAAGGUCGCGUACCUUUCUGGCGACGACGUAUAUUCAAAGUUUGGCCCUAACAUGCCAAAGUCGAAAUAUGAACUUCGACACCUCGAUGGAGAUAACCAGUCCAUAAGCCCCGGGCCCCUCACAUACGCCUUCCUCAAUAGCGCUGACCCUGUACCUAUGGUAUCUGCCCACGCGUAUCUGGGGGCGCGAGGCAUCGUCGAUGGCUUGAGACGCGGUGCUGAUAUCAUCAUAUGCGGUCGCGUCGCUGAUGCCAGCCCAGUCAUUGCAGCUGCUUGGUACUGGCACUCGUGGAAUGAAACAGACUACAACCACCUAGCGGGAGCACUGGCAGCUGGGCAUUUAAUCGAAUGCUCUGCUUAUGUUACUGGUGGUAACUUCUCCGGGUUUGAUCGCUAUCCCAUUGAGAGAUUCGUAAAGCCCGGAUUUCCCAUUGCUGAGAUAGAAUCAGACGGUUCAUGUAUCAUUACCAAGCAUUCCAAUACCGAUGGAAUGGUCGAUGUUGAUACAGUUAGAAGCCAGUUUUUGUACGAACUUCAGGGGAACGUCUAUCUCAAUAGCGAUGUCAGCGCCAUAUUGGACAAUAUUGUUAUUCAACAGGCAGGUCAUGAUAGGGUUCGCGUUCUCGGAAUAAGAGGCUACGCUCCUCCGCCAACAACGAAGUUGGCUAUCUUUUAUCCUGGAGGCUUUGAGGCACAGCUGCUUCUCAACGCCACAGGGUAUGGAACAAAUGCAAAGUGGGACUUGGUCGAAAAGCAAAUCCGCCACUUCGUACCAUCUGAAGCGUUGCAAAAGGUUGACAGUCUUGAGUUCCAGCGUAUCGGUGUUCCAGCUGUCAACCCGGCCUCACAACGUAACAGCACCACAUACUUGCGAGUCUUCAUUGCUGCGGUAUCAGCGCAGGCUGUUUUGUCGGUUGUGAUGGCGAUGAAGGAAAUCUCACUCAAACACUUCUCUGGCCUCCAUUCUUCGCUGGAUCAACGCUGUGCCAUGCCACGCCCAUUCUUAGCAUAUUACCCAGCAAUCGUCAGCCAAAAUGAGAUUUAUGAGCAGAUCAACUUUGUUGAAGAUCCCGAGAGCAUUGUCUCACAUCACACCGGCCAUCCAUCAAAUUAUGAACCGCUUGCUCCCCGGGCUAGCUAUGAUCACACGCCAUCACCAGGCGAGAUAGCUCUGCUUAGAGCCCCCAGCGAGCGUAUCCGCCUGGGUGACAUUGCGCAAGGUAGAUCUGGUGACAAAGGUGCAAAUCUCAACUUUGGCCUCUUUGUUCCAAACCCACAACACUGGCCAUGGUUGCGGUCAUAUAUGAGCCGUGAACGAAUGAGAGAGAUGCUUACUGCUGACGAUGAUUGGGAUGACUCUUUCUUGAUUGAGCGAGUAGAAUUUCCAAAUAUCCACGCUGUGCAUUUUGUCAUCUACGGUAUUUUGGGGAGAGGGGUAAGUAGUUCUAGUCGACUGGAUGGGUUUGGGAAAGGGUUUGCCGAUUACGUGCGCGACAAGCUUGUUGAAGUGCCAGUGGAACUGCUCCACUUGAAAACACAUCUAUAAAUGAUGCACUUUCGACGCUUACUGAUAGCACAGGCAGGAAGAAGGUGUAGAUUGCGAGAAGAGAGAAUAAUUGUAAACAAUAGGUAUAACCAAAAACCAUUAGUCGAU